AUCGGGAGCUUGGAAAACUACUACCACUUUCACCACAGCAAGACAUUUAAGCGCUCGACGCUGAGCAGCCGGGGACCACACAACUUCCUCCGCAUGGACCCCAAGGUGGACUGGCUGCAGCAGCAGGAGCCGGUGUGGCCCAACAUGUGGUACCUGCACUGCAGCGAUAAAAGCAGUCGCUGCAGGUCGGAGAUGAAUGUCCUGGCAGCCUGGCAGAGGGGCUACACUGGCAAGAACGUGGUGGUCACCAUCCUCGAUGACGGCAUAGAGAGGAACCACCCCGACCUCCUGCAGAACUACGACCCUCUUGCAAGCUAUGAUGUCAACGGCAACGACCACGACCCAACUCCGCGCUACGACGCCAGCAACGAGAAUAAGCACGGCACCCGCUGUGCGGGGGAAGUGGCGGCGGCGGCGAACAACUCGUACUGCAUCGUGGGCAUCGCCUACAACGCCCGCAUCGGAGGCAUUCGUAUGUUAGAUGGCGAUGUAACAGAUGUUGUUGAAGCGAAGUCGCUUGGCAUCAGACCCGAUUACAUUGACAUUUACAGCGCGAGCUGGGGGCCAGAUGAUGAUGGGAAGACAGUUGAUGGACCUGGUCUAUUGGCCAAACAGGCUUUUGAGCAUGGCAUUAAAAAGGUGUGGAUCCCGCAGCGCCCAGACGCGCUCGCCCUCCUCCUCCUCGCCCCGUGGGAAACGCGUGCCGGGGCCGUGGCCGGCCCGGGGUCCG